AUGAAUGUGUCGCCGUUCGAUUCGUAUUUGGCAGACGAAUUGACAUUUUUUUUUCAAAAUGUCGACGACGACGAGAAGGAGGAAAAAAAAAAAAAAUUUCCUUGCGUGAAAAUAUGGUUUCAAAACCGUAGAACAAAAUGGAAAAAACAAGAUAACAUAAGCAACGCGGAAGCGGCGGAACAUAAAAAUCAAACAACCGGUAAACAAGGUACGAAAACAAACGUCAAAUCAACAUUAAACGGUAAAACGAUGACAACAACAACAACAAUGCAUAAUAACGACGGAGCAAUCAAUUUAGUCAAAGGUGGUGGUGGUAAUGGCGGCAGUGGUGGAGUCGGUGAUGCGACAAACAAAAUUUACAUAAACGCCGACAACAACCCCGUAUCGAUUAAAAUGAAAGAUCUCAACAGUUUGAUGAUGAUGAACAAACAACACGGGAGCGACUCAACCGUUAAAAGAAACGAUUUAAUUGUUAAAACUUCUUCUUCACCAUCAUCAUCAUCAUCUUCGUCUUCGUCGUCGUCCUCAUCAUCUUUGGACUUGAUUAAAAUUCCCUCGAGUGAUCAUCAUCCUUCUUUAGUUAAUUCCCUAUUUAAAACGGUCGACGGGACGACGACGAUGGCGAUGGCGAUGGCGACGACGACGACGACUACGACGACAUCUCCUAACGGAGAACGUCUCAUCGUGGCAGCAGAAGAACAUUCGAACGCUUCGCUUUUCACUCAAAACGGUUCGGAAAAUUGUUAUCCACACGAACCCAUGUCCACAACGGAUAUCCCGAGAGUCGUUCAACCUUUCGUCGUCGGUUCCAUUCCGGGACUCGGAGACGUGAGCAGACGACAGACUAAAUCCGAACCUACGACGUCGCCAUCUUGUGAUAAUUUUUCCCAAUCCGAACUUUCGCCCGUUAUUAAAAACGAUUUGAUUAUAGCCGAUGAUGAUAAUGAUGAUGAUGAUGACGUCAAUGAUGGUGAUGAUGACGACGACGAUGACGAUGAUGAUGACGAUGGGGGUGGCGGUGACGUAGUCACCAACAGUUAG